UUGCCAGCCUUGGCCAUGGCGUCCCCGGCCAUCGGGCAGCGUCCCUACCCGCUGCUCCUAGACCCCGAGCGUCCGCGAUAUCUGCAAAGCCUGGGUGGCACCGAGCCGCCGCCGCCGCCCGCCCGGUCGCGCCGCUGCAUCCCCACCGCCCUGGUCCCAGCGUCCGAGGUGUCAGAGGGUCGCGGCGGCCGGAGGAGUGCCCGUAGGGACCCAGAGCCCACACCCCGAGACUGCCGAUCUGCUCGCCCUGUCCGGCCCGGUUUGCAGCAGAGACUACGGCGGCGGCCUGGGUCUCACCGACCCCGCGACGUGCGGAGCAUCUUCGAGCAGCCACAGGAUCCCCGUGUCCUGGCCGAGAGAGGCGAGGGGCACCAUUUCGUGGAACUGGCGCUUCGGGGUGGCCCGGGCUGGUGUGACCUGUGCGGACAGGAGGUGCUGCGGCAGGCGCUGCGUUGCGCUAACUGUAAAUUCACCUGCCACCCAGAGUGCCGCAGCCUGAUCCAGCUGGACUGCAGACAGAAAGAGGACCCUGCCCUGGAUAGACACUCUCCAGAAAGCACCCUCACCCCCACCUUCAAACAGAAUGUCUGUAAGGCAGUGGAGGAGACACAGCAUCUGCCCACAAUACAGGAGAUCAAGCAGAAGAUUGACAACUACAACAGCAGGGAGAAACACUGCCUGGGCAUGAAGUUGAGUGAAGAUGGCACCUACACAGGUUUCAUCAAAGUGCAUUUGAAACUCCGACGGCCAGUGACAGUGCCUGCUGGGAUCCGGCCCCAGUCCAUCUAUGAUGCCAUUAAGGAAGUGAACCCUGCAGCCACUACAGAUAAGCGGACAUCCUUCUACCUGCCACUUGAUGCCAUCAAGCAGCUACAUAUCAGUAGCACCACCACUGUCAGUGAGGUCAUCCAGGGGCUGCUCAAGAAAUUCAUGGUUGUGGACAACCCACAGAAGUUUGCACUUUUUAAGCGGAUGCACAAAGAUGGACAAGUGCUCUUCCAGAAACUCUCCAUUGCUGACUGCCCUCUCUACCUGCGUCUGCUCGCUGGGCCUGACACUGAUGUCCUCAGCUUUGUGCUGAAAGAGAAUGAAACCGGAGAGGUAGAGUGGGAUGCCUUUUCCAUUCCUGAACUCCAGAACUUCUUAACUAUCCUGGAAAAAGAGGAGCAGGACAAAAUCCACCAACUGCAGAAGAAGUACAACAAAUUCCGACAGAAACUGGAGGCGGCAUUACGAGAGUCCCAAGGGAAGCCUGGGUAGCCAGCUCACUUCCUGUCCUCUCAGUGCCCUCCCGUUUAUUUCAUUGUGAAUUAUUUUGCCAUGGACAGUUAUUCUCAAGACUCCUCUGGGGGAAUCCACUGGUGCCUGCUCAGCAGUUAACAGAUGUGGCACAAAGUCUCUUCCACAGAGUGUCUACGCAGGGUUUGAUUCCAGCCAACGUACAGCACCAUGGCUCUGGAGAUUCCACCUGGAAUCAGAUCGCGUGUGGACGACCAGUGUUUCCCCUGCUCAAUCUCCUGGCCUUUCACAAACCAAAUAGUUGCCUCUCUGGUCACCAGACUACAAUCAAUCACACCAGCCAGCAAAAGGAACAAAAGGUUUUUAGACCCUGUGUUUUUUCUCUGGAUUUAAUCCUUCAGUUCCUUUUUGCCACCUACAGAAUCUUUAUUUAUGUGCUAACUAUAUACUCAUUUAGCUAAGUCCUUGAAAGCAGGAAAAUACUCAUGGAAGGACUGUCCUCCUUGCCCCAAGGUGCCUCCUCUUCCUAGUUCUAGACACUCAGGGUCAGCCUGAGUAUCCAGAAGCUACAGCCUGACCAGGCUGUCCGUCUCCUAUCACCCAAUGGACUGUGUGUAUGCAAACCCAAAAGCAUAUACGUACAUUUGUGUGGUAUUUCAGCAUGUCUCUGUCCGAUGUUUGCUAUGUUAAAAUUUGAACUUGAUGUUGUCAUCCUCCUGGAUUUCUAGCACAGAGAAACCUUCCACUCAAUUUUAGUUUCCUGCUGAGUCACCAGAAAGUAUUGCAGAGAAGCACAUCCAAGAAGCAAUCUUACAGCCUGUGCCCAACGAGAAAGCAGUGGGGACGUGAACUGCUUGUUCUAUUCCUUGGCCUUCAUCUUCAAACUGGGGCUUUAGGAUCUCCAGCUGCUGCCUGAAUAAUCCUACAGUCAAGUGGUAGUGUCCUCCAACUUGAAGUCCUUUCUGGGGCGAAGGAUGGUCCAUUUGCAGCACAGCAUUGAGCAAACGGGUGGGCCUGGUGACUUCUGUGCCUUUUUGUUUUCAGAGAGAAGAGCAGGACAUGUUUUCUUGAAGCUCUCCUGCUGGCUUGCCCCUGGCUGCAAGUGGACAAUGGUGGUAUAGAGGAGAUUCCUCAAAGCACAGGAUGAUGCCCACACACCACUUUUCCAUCAAGCUUCCCAAUCAGGCUUUGACUUUGAAGAUGAUCAGAUUAUGAUGACUCCAGCUCUUGACUAGUUCAAACUUAAAACAGAUUAGCCAGAGACCACACCAACCAGUAGCCAGGACUGCAAAGACACUCAAUACAGAGGGAGAAUAACUUGCCCUUUUCAAAGAGGGACAGUUCCAGUCUAGCCCCCAAAAGAGACCUUUCUUGUUGCCCUUGCCUUUCCAUGCCCCUCAGAUUGUUUUAAGCCCAAGCUUCUUUGUGUAGCCUCAAGAGUCCCCUCCCCAGCCCAGGCUGAGUCUACGCUGCUCCUGUCCCAGAGGAAUGCCAAGUCCUUGUCAUUCACACUGUGUCAUCUUCCUCAGAGCCGCGAGUGAGGUUGUGCCUGCCAUCAAACCCCUGGCUGUCAGCCAUCUCAUGCUCAGCCUUAGCACUUCCCUCCCUUCAGAAGCCCCUUCCUGCUGUGUGCUACAGGCACAUUUGGAAAGUCAUUCCCUUCAUCCUGCAUGUCUGCAGCAAUAGGAGAAGGCAUGGCUCCUGCUGUUAAACACUGUGAAUGCUGCUGAGAACCUCCCUCCAUGGAUGGCUAUUUUAUUUUUGAGAAGAAAAAGAAGUUAUGUAUGUAUAUACACAUAGAGGCAUAUAUAUAUAUAUAUAUAUAUAUAUAUGGUGUUUAUUCAGAAAAUUAUGGUAUAAUUCAGACUUUAAAGCACAGUUACACCCAGGACCUCUACUGAGGUUGAGCAUCUGGAAAGCGUGUCGAGUUCAAGUCUCAGAGCCGGGUGUAACUGCUAGUAGUGCCUUCUAUGGUUGUAUUGCUUUGUGUGUGGGUGUUUGUUUUGAGAUUUUCUUUCUAAAUGUCUUAUAUGUUUUUUUAAUGAGUAAUAAAAGCUUACCAUAAAAAAAUUCACAGUGGAAACAUCCUCACUGAAUGUCCUCAUCUUAAUGGAGAAUGGGCUGGAGAGAGGUAGACAGGAGCAGUAGUACAUUUUCUUGGCAUAGCCAAGUUUUCUUCUACAGUAGGCUUGGGAAUGAAGGCUACCAUU